GCUACGCUACUAGUUGUUCGCUACCAGUCAGUUUGUGAGAGGGGGCUUGUCUUCGAGGGUUAUGUAUGCUUCCCAAAAACAAAAACCAAAACACAAAAAAUAUAAAGGCAUUUUGGGUGGACCGUGGAAGCUAGAGCUUUGAAUCCUCGAGAUUGAAACAAUCCAACCAAACAAAUAAGCGAGCUUUGAGGGACGAAAGCAAUCAAACAAUCGAUUGAGCAAAAGAUAGGAUGGGAGAAGCGAAGAGGAACUCUUCUUCUUCUUCUUCGAACAGUGACGAGGACAUACAAGCACAAGUGGCCAAAGCGGUGGAGGGUGUGAAGGAGCUUCAGGAGUCAGCUGCUUCCUUCAUCUCCAAAACCUCCACUGAUGAGCAAGCCCUUCGCCAGAGAUCCCAAUCUCUCGAUUCCUCCAUUCGCCUCCUAAGGUCCCAGCUUUAUUCUCUGCUCUCCAGCAAGGCCUUGGAUCCCAAGUUAGCAGAAAAGCUGGAAGAAGAUUUGCAGAGGGCUACAUGUGUGUUGGCGGAUGGUGAUGCCGCUUCAUUUCUUCCUGGCAAAGCUCAGGGAGGGAGGUUUCUGAGGAUGUUUCUUGGUCCUAUAACCGUGCGUUCCUCCAGCAAAGACAUCCAACUCAAGGUUAAAGAGGAAUACAAUGCUUACAGAGAUAGAACUGCCCUGCUAUUCCUUCUUUUUCCAGCAACACUACUUAUUCUGAGAUCUUGGCUUUGGGAUGGAUGCUUGCCAACAUUCCCAGUUCAGGCUUACCAGGCAUGGCUGUUAUUCCUCUACACUGGUUUGGCAUUGCGAGAAAACAUACUAAGAGUAAAUGGAAGUGAUAUUCGUCCAUGGUGGAUAUACCAUCAUUAUUGUGCUAUGUUUAUGGCCCUUGUUAGUCUCACAUGGGAGAUUAAAGGACAACCAGAUUGUUCCCAAAAGCAGAGAGGCGUCCAACUUUUCCUACAAUGGGCUAUGAUGCAAGGAGUUGCUAUGCUUUUACAGAAUAGAUAUCAACGCCAGAGACUCUAUACUCGAAUUGCAUUGGGAAAGGCCAAAAGAAUGGAUGUUGUCUGGGGAGAAACAGCUGGUGUAGAUGGUCAACUGUGGCUUCUAUGUCCAAUACUGUUUAUAUUGCAGGGUUUUGAGGCAUAUGUCGGACUACAAUUGCUUAAGACUGCUUUGGUUGGCGUUGCUUCUGAAUGGCAGGUAAGUUUUUGCGGCGUACUGCUAGUUUUGAUGGCAGUUGGGAACUUUGUAAAUACGGUACAGACGCUUAUGGUGAAGUCAAGGUUUAAGGCAAAGAUGAAAAGAACUAAGAGCAAGCAGGAUUUGUAGUUGGAAAGGGCGACCCUGAAUACUAGGAUUAAUCUCCCUGAAGCUUCAUAGGAACUCAUUUUUGUAACGUUGUUUCUGUUUAUCAAAAGAAGAUGUUUUAACACUGAGGCAGUGGAAAUUGCCUUUCAUUUUGAGCUUUUUAUGAAUGUAGAAUUGGUCUUUUUUUAUUUAUCAAUUUAUGAGUCUGGCCGUGAAUCAUUUGGAAGA